AUGGCUUCUACUCUCAAAUCUUUCCCAACAAUCAAGGAGGUCAACACCUAUCUCACUGCUGGUGUUGGCACCGGUGGAGACUACCACAAUGUCAAAGCAGAGCAUUGGCUGGUUUCUUCUCCUAUCUCGACUCCUAUGUCCCGCUAUGACGAGUACAAGAAGACCCGCACAUCUUGGGGAAUCAAUGUUCUCGGCUCGUUCUGCGUCGAAAUCGUCGCGUCAGACGGUACCAAAGGCUUCGCCACCGGUUUCGGAGGUCCCCCGGCCUGUUGGUUAGUACACAGUCACUUCGAACGUUUCUUGUUGGGAGCGGAUCCAAGGAACACCAAUCUCCUAUGGGAACAGAUGUUCCGUGCUUCGAUGUUUUACGGCCGAAAAGGUCUCCCUAUUGCUGUCAUCUCAGUCGUGGAUCUGGCACUCUGGGACCUUAUUGGCAAGGUCCGCGGUGAGCCAGUAUACAAGAUGAUUGGUGGUGCUACACGCCCACACAUCGACUUCUACUGCACUGGUCCAUCGUCAGCUGCUACUAAGGAAAUGGGUUUCUGGGGAGCCAAAGUCCCACUUCCAUACUGCCCUGAUGAUGGUCAGGAAGGUCUUCGUAAGAACAUUGAGUUCCUACGAAAACAACGAGAAGCUGUCGGACCUGACUUCCCGAUCAUGGUGGAUUGCUAUAUGAGCUUGAACGUUCAAUAUACUAUCGAGAUUGUGGAAAAGACAAAGGACUUGAAUCUUAACUGGUGGGAGGAGGUUUUGCACCCUGACGAUACCGAGGGCUAUGCGUUACUGAAGAGAGCGCAUCCUACUAUGAAAUUCACUACCGGAGAGCACGAAUACACGAAAUACGGCUUCCGUGAAUUAAUCAAGGGUCGCAACAUCGACAUCCUCCAGCCAGACAUCAUGUGGGUCGGCGGUCUAACCGAGCUCUUGAAGAUCUCGGCCCAAGCAGCCGCUUACGACAUCCCUGUCGUACCUCACGCCUCAGGUCCUUACUCCUACCACUUCGUCAUUUCUCAGAAUAACACCCCAUUCCAGGAAUAUCUCGCCAACUCACCGGAUGGAGAAAGUGUGUUGCCUGUUUUUGGAGGGCUAUUCAAGGAUGAGCCACUACCACAAAAUGGAAAGAUGCUAGUUGAGACUUUGGAUAAGCCUGGAUUUGGGCUGGAAUUGGACCCGACUGUUAACUUGGUUAGCGGACGAGGCUCUUGGAACCCUAUCAAUUAA